GUGGGCACAGGUGGGUGGCACUGGUGGGCACAGGUGGGUGGCACUGGUGGGUGGGCACAGGUGGGUGGCACUGCUGGGCACAGGUGGGGGCACUGCUGGGCACAGGUGGGGGCACUGCUGGGCACAGGUGGGGGCACUGCUGGGAACGGGUGGGCGGGGCUAGUGGGCGCACUGCUGGGCGGAACUUGCGGGUGUCACUGCUGGGCACCGAUCAUCAGGGCACUGAUCAUCAGUGCCCUGAUGAUCGGUGCCGAUCCCCGUUCUGACAACUGCCGGUUCUCGGCAGUACUUUCCUCACGAUCUGACAGCGUGAGGAAAGUGCAGCCGAGAACCGGCACUUGC